CACAGGCAUAUGCAAUAACCUCGUUACAUAAGUUGUAAAUAGUGUAAUAUUUUUAAGUAGCACGAUUUUUUUUAACAAAGUUUUUUUUGUAUAUUUUAGUUAUUAUGACAAAUAACUAUCGUAAAUUUUUUGCGCCCAAAAUGAUAGAAUUAUUGCCGAAGCAGACAAUAUUGCAAUUGAUGUCGAGGAUUCGCAGUCACGUUAGAUGCUACACGUCAAAUCAAUCUGGCGAUUUUGUAAAGAUUGUUGAAGUUGCACCACGAGAUGGGUUGCAAAACGAGAGGAAAAUAGUGCCUACCGAAGUCAAAGUCAAUUUGAUCGACAGACUGUCAACGACCGGAUUGAGGAGUAUUGAAGUUACAAGUUUUGUAUCCCCGAAAUGGAUUCCUCAGAUGGCGGACAACGCACAAGUUUUUCGACAAAUUGAGAAAAGACACGGUAUAUCCUAUCCAGUACUAGUACCAAAUCUGAAAGGCUUGGAGAGUGCUAUCGCGGCAGGCGUAAAAGAAAUUGCAGUGUUUGGUGCAGCGUCGGAGACUUUUUCCAAGACGAAUACCAACUGCUCUAUUGAAGAGAGUAUAAAGAAUUUCAAGGUUGUUAUUGAGGAGGCAAAGAAGCAUGAUAUCAGAAUCCGUGGCUAUGUAUCCUGCAUUGUUGAUUGUCCUUAUGAAGGAGGAAUCAAACCAGCCAUCACAGCACAUUUGGCUUCAAUAAUGUUAGAUUGCGGAUGUUAUGAAGUUUCUCUGGGCGAUACCAUAGGUACUGGACUGCCAAAGAAAAUUGAACGUGUCUUGAAUGAGUUGCGUCAUAUUGCUUGGAAUAACAUGAGUUACUAUGCACUACACUGUCAUGAUACAUAUGGACAGGCUCUGGUAAACAUAUACACAGGUCUUGAAAAUGGUAUAAGAGUCUUUGAUUCUUCAGUUGCUGGACUUGGUGGAUGCCCAUAUGCUGCUGGUGCUUCAGGAAAUGUCGCCACAGAGGAUUUGUUAUAUUUUCUACAAGGACAAGGGCUAGAGACUGGCAUAGAUUUAAAUAAAAUGGUAGAAAUUGGUGAUUUCAUAAGCAAACAACUAGGUAGAAUAAAUCAAUCAAAAACUGGAAAGGCUAUGCUUGCUAAAACAAGUCGUCAAAAAUGUUAACCACGCAAUGUUUGAAUUCCAUAGAGCUGUGGAAAGAAACCAAAGAAUUUUACAUUCCAAAAAUGUUAAAUUACUGUAUAUAACAUGUGUGUGUAUAUAUUUCUA